UAAACGAUCCUUUAGUACGUCAUUUGUUUGAUCGAGAUCCAUCAUUUAAUGUUUAUAAUAAUGAAUUUUUAAACCUUGCUGCUGGUACGCCUGGCCCUGACUUAUUUAAAGUUUGCGGAGAUAUGAUGGCCAGAGCAUCACAGCACAGAUGGGAUGAAGAGAAGAAGGAAGAGAAAUAUUAUCUAUUUCAAUAUGGAAUGGCGAAUGGAUUAUGGGAGUGUCGUGAGGAAUUGGCACAAUUUUUAACACGAAAAUAUGGAGACCCUGUGGAAAGACAAAAUUUGGUUUUAACAUGCGGAGCUACACAUGGAUUGACACUUAUUUUAAACAAUAUAAUAUCACCCAAUGGUGUUAUUUUCGUUGAAGAUUUGACUUACAUGGUUGCACUAGAACUUUUUAAACAAUUUCCUCUUCUGAAGAUUGUGCCAGUUCCAUUAAAGGACGAUUCUAUUGACCUUGAUACUUUGGAAAAACUCGCUUCUGCUGAAAGAGAGCGAAGUUGCAUUCUUAAUAAAGAUAAAAUAUUUUGGGCAAUGUUUUAUUCGAUACCGACAUUUCAUAAUCCAACUGGAAUAUCUUUAGGGCCUGUUCGCGUUGGAUGGAUGGAAUGUAGUCCAAAAGUUGUCAAUAUUAUGAAAAACUCAGGUGUUAUGAAUUGUGGUGGAGCGGUUAAUCAUUUCAUGUCUGGUACAAUCGCAAGUUUUCUUCAUUUAGGACUUGCAGACGAAUAUCUUGAUGUUGCAAAUGAAAAUUUCAAGAACAAAUUAUCGGAAUUUUGCAAUAUUUUGGACAAAUAUCUUCCACGAGGUUGUUCUUACAAGAGACCUAAAGGUGGUUAUUAUGUCUGGCUUGAACUUCCUAAAGAAAUGGAUGGAUUUAAAUUCAUCGAGUGGUCUAAGGAAAACUACAAAGUAACGGCCAUACCUGGAGCCCAAUUUUCGUAUUCAAAAAGUUUUAAAAAUUUCUUGAGACUCUGCUUUACAUUUCAUUCAAUUGAAACUCUGCGAAAGGCGGCUCAAAGAUUAUGUGAAGGACUGGAUGAUUAUGGCACACAUAUUUUUGCAUUGAAAGUAAAGUGAAGGAAUUUUGUAUUUUUCACAAAUGGAUGUAAUACAUUUAAUACAUUAUUUCAA